UAAGAUUUUAUUUUGCAAUGAAUUUACAAAAUCUAAUAAAAAAUAAAAGUAUGAAUUUAAGACCAACUAAAACAGUCAUUACAGAUAAUCUUGGUAGAAGAUACGAAGUUGAGAAUGGCAUAAAAAAAGAAUUAACACGAGGUUUACCCUUUGUUAUUGAUGAAAAGCCUGAUAUGCAAAUUUCUUGUAUUAUACAUGGUUUAUUUCUUAGUUCACAGGAUCCUGCCGUAGAUAUAGAAAUACUUAAGAAAUACAAUAUAAAACACAUUUUGAGUAUUGGUAUUAAUUUAAGUCUUAAAUUUGAUGGCAUAAAAUAUUAUCAGUGUGAAUUAUUAGAUUUGCCAGAAUCAGAUAUAUUCUUAUCAGUAAAAACAUGUAUUAAUAUAAUACAUAAAAAUCGUCAUGAAAAUAUUCUUAUACAUUGUAAUGCAGGAGUGUCCCGCUCACCAACUAUUGUUAUUUCUUAUUUGAUGACUUUAGAAAAUAUGUCAUAUGAUGAAGCAUACGAAAAAGUUAAAAGUAAAAGAAAUUGUAUCAAACCCAAUAGCGGAUUUGUUGAACAAUUAAAAGCAUUAAAUGUAUCAAAUUUAAUUGAACGAGAUUAAGAUGUAAUAUUACAUAUUGGGAGAGAAAAGAAAAACUCUUAUGUAACAAUAAAUCAGUUAUGUAGUAUAUUCUUACAAUAAAGUUCGUGUUUCGACAUUAUUUAUCUAUGUGUACAGAGAAUGUAAUAAUUACAAUUUUUAUAUUUAUAACUCAUUAGAAAAAGUAUAUUCAUGCACAGCUUCUAUCAAAUUCUUAGCCAAACUAAGUAUGGUAAGAUUUGCUAAUUCUUGCUUUCUUACAUUUAACCAUGCAUUGGGUUGACGUAGGUCGCUAUAUCAAGUAAGCUUAUAAAAA